AUGGUCUGCGACGUCAAUCGAUUGACUUUGCCUGAUGAGAGAGACAGAAUUUCUCCCACGUUCUUUGCACAAAGUUCAACCCUGAACAGGGAACCCGGGAUCCCAUCGUGUAUACUCGAGUAUUUUUACAAGGGUGACUACUACCCCCGCUUGUUGCAUAAGCACAGAGCCUCUUGGACACUCGAGGAUGCCCGCGAUAUUAAUGAAACCGGUGGCUGUCGGUCGAGCGAGCCAACAAUCUUCCACCCGGGCGUGGAUACGGUGGUGUACUGUGCUGCCAAGAAGUACGGCUUGGAAGAGCUCAAGCGCCUUGCCCUUCGAAAGCAGGGUCUACAGAGCGGGAUCUCAGCCGACGUGAUUCUGCGGUCUGCUCGGUAUCAUACGGUAUGCAUAUGA